AUGGAACCAGACCAAAAGAAGCCACGUUUUCUUCUAAAGAAAACACAAAAUGAUCUCAAUGAAGUUCUCGAGAACAAAGAAUCUUCGAACACAAAGAAAGCAACAAAAUCCGCGGCAAACGUUCUCAGAAACUACUGUACUGAACGUGGAAAAGAGUCAAAUUUCGAGAGCUUUUCAACCGAAGAACUCGCCAAUACUUUAAAAUAUUUUUACGCCGAAGCUAUACGAAAAAAGAUGGCGAGUUCUACAAAAAGUCUUCUUUGAACUGUAUACGUGAGGGUCUUGCCAGAUAUCUUAAAAAAGAACGAAAGAUUAACAUCAUUGAAGACCCGGAAUUUGAUUCUGCGAACGAAAUUUUUCGUGCUCAGCUGGUUGAGUUAAAAAGGCAAGGGAAAGGAGGGACUGAACAUAAAGAGCCAGUUGAAGAACACGAUCUAAAUAAACUUUACAGUAAUUGUGAUGUAUCAACACCGAAAGGACUUCAACAAAAAGUCUGGUUAGAUAUCAUGAUUUACCUUAUUCGUCGUGGGAGAGAAAAUCUACGCCAAAUGACAAAAGCAACUUUCGCCGUUAAAAUUGAUGCAGCCGGCAAUCAUUAUGUUACACAAACUGUGGACGAGAUGGACAAAAAUCAUCGUGAAAAUUGUGAUAGAAAUGCUACAAUCGGCGAAGGAAGGAUGUAUGAAAACCCUCAAUCUAUUCACUGCCCUGUUAAAACUUUUGAAAUGUACACUUCGAAACUUCAUCCUGACCUUGCAUGA